AUGCAUCGCACAUACUCCAUGCGCCAAUCGCGCGCUCCUACUGCCUCCCAGAUUGAAAACCCUCCUCCACCAGCCUCUUCGACCAAAGGCGGUCGCCUCUUCGGCCGCGGCAAUUUCGGCCAUGCUUUUAGAAAGGGGACGGCUGGUGCGUUCGGCCCAGAUCUCGCAAAGAAGCUUUCCCAGCUCGUCAAGAUGGAAAAGAAUGUCAUGCGCAGUCUUGAGCUUGUAGGCAGAGAACGAAUGGAAGUUGCUCAACAACUCUCUUUGUGGGGCGAAGGCUGCGAUGAGGAUGUCAGUGAUGUCACCGACAAGCUCGGCGUCUUGGUCUAUGAAAUUGGCGAGUUGGAAGAUCAAUUCGUCGAUCGCUACGACCAAUACCGUGUGACUAUCAAGUCCAUCCGUAACAUCGAAGCUUCAGUCCAGCCCUCACGAGACCGCAAGCAAAAGAUCACCGACCAGAUUGCUCAGCUCAAAUACAAGGAACCCAACAGCCCAAGAAUUGUCGUUCUCGAGCAAGAGUUGGUUCGUGCCGAGGCCGAGUCUUUGGUUGCAGAAGCUCAGCUGUCCAACAUCACUCGCGAAAAGCUCAAGGCUGCAUUCACCUAUCAAUUUGAUGCUAUCCGGGAACACUCGGAGAAAGUGGCCAUCAUUGCUGGCUAUGGCAAGCAUCUCCUUGAACUCAUCGAUGAUAACCCAGUGACUCCUGGCGAGACCCGAGCUGCCUACGAUGGCUAUGAGGCCUCCAAAGCCAUCAUCCAGGACUGCGAAGAUGCACUUACCAAUUGGGUGUCUUCGAACGCGGUUGUCAGCUCCAAGCUCUCCGUACGUUCGCGCAACCUGAGCCAACGCAGGAAGAAGAAUGCUGCUUCAGGCGAAGGCGUGGACUUGAGUGGUCAAGACCCUGCAAUGAAGAGCGAUCGCGAUGGCUGGGUUCCCGCAGGUCAGCACGGAGAAUACGAACAGGAGGAGGAGGAUGACGAAGAGGAAGAAGAGGAAGAGGCUCCAGUCGGAACCAACGGUAAGUCAUUCCUCUGUGGUAGCGUCUCCAUCAAACUAAUACGUUGA